AAGGAACUAAUUAAGUUACGCAAGGAGAAUGUAGAUCUUUUUGUUGAAGGGCAAUUCGAGCUACUAGAUCGAGGAAAUGAGAGGACGUUCACCUACCUAAAGAAGUCUGUGAGUGGUCAGUCAGAGGAGCGGAAAGCGAUUGUAGCCUUGAACUUUUCGAAUGAG